AGACGUGAAGUCUCGAGCAAAGCGCUAUGAGAAACUGGACUUCCUUGGGGAGGGACAGUUUGCCACGGUUUAUAAGGCCAGAGAUAAGAACACCAACCAAAUAGUCGCCAUUAAGAAAGUUCUCACUAGGUUGCUUAUAAGCCUUGCCAAAUUGCUGAGGUUGGCUUUGAAACUGUGAUCAUACUGCCUCAGCCUUCUGAGCUGCUGGGAUUACAGAUCAAACUUGGACAUAGAUCAGAAGCUAAAGAUGGUAUAAAUAGAACAGCCCUAAGAGAGAUAAAAUUAUUACAGGAGCUAAGUCAUCCAAAUAUAAUUGCUCCUUGAUGCUUUUGGACAUAAAUCAAAUAUUAGCCUUGUUUUUGAUUUUAUGGAAACUGAUCUAGAGGUUAUAAUAAAGGAUAAUAGUCUUGUGCUGACACCAUCACAUAUUAAAGCCUAUAUGUUGAUGACUCUUCAAGGGUUAGAAUAUUUACAUCAACACUGGAUUCUACAUAGGGAUCUGAAACCAAACAAUUUGUUGCUAGAUGAAAAUGGAGUUCUAAAACUGGCAGAUUUUGGCCUGGCCAAAUCGUUUGGGAGCCCCAAUAGAGCUUAUACACAUCAGGUUGUAACCAGAUGGUAUCGGGCCCCUGAGUUACUAUUUGGAGCUAGAAUGUACGGUGUAGGUGUGGAUAUGUGGGCUGUCGGCUGUAUUUUAGCAGAGUUGCUUCUAAGGGUUCCUUUUUUGCCGGGAGAUUCAGAUCUCGACCAACUGACAAGAAUAUUCGAAACUUUAGGCACACCAACUGAGGAACAGUGGCCUGACAUGUGUAGUCUUCCCGAUUAUGUGACAUUUAAGAGUUUCCCUGGAAUCCCAUUGCAACACAUCUUCAUUGCAGCAGGAGACGACUUGCUGGAUCUCAUACAAGGCUUAUUCUUAUUUAAUCCUUGUACUCGAAUUACAGCCACACAGGCAUUGAAAACUAAGUACUUCAGUAAUCGUCCAGGACCAACCCCUGGAUGUCAGCUGCCAAGACCAAAUUGUCCUGUGGAAACUUUAAAGGAACAGUCAAACCCAGCCAUGGCAACAAAACGGAAAAGAACUGAGGCCUUGGAACAAGGAGGAUUGCCCAAGAAGUUAAUUUUUUAGUUACAGAGAUUCCAGGAUGAUAUUCUGUUACUGGAGGAAAUGGUUCAAAAAGCAAAUAAUGGAAAAAUAAUAAGUAUUAAGUAAAUACUGUAGAAGUGAAUUUGUAAAUAUUCUACAGGUGUAAAAUAUGUAAAACUGUCAGUUAUUUUUAUUAAAUGUAUUUUAAAAUAAAAAAAAAAUUAAUUCUA